AUGGCGGGGGCCGGCUGGGCCCCGCCGCGCCUCGAUGGGUUCAUCCUCACCGAGCGUCUCGGCUCCGGUACUUACGCCACCGUCUAUAAGGCCUACAGGAAGAGGGACACCCGUGAGGUGGUGGCCAUCAAGUGUGUGAGCAAGAGGAGCCUCAACCGAGCAUCAGUGGAGAACCUGCUGACAGAGAUUGAGAUCCUGAAGACCAUCCGCCACCCACACAUCGUGGAGCUCAAGGAUUUCCAGUGGGACAGUGACCACAUCUACCUGAUCAUGGAGUUCUGUGCUGGGGGGGACCUGUCCCGCUUCAUCCGCAUGCGCAGGAUCCUGCCCGAGAAGGUGGCACGCAUCUUCCUGCAGCAGCUUGCCUGCGCCCUCAAGUUCCUUCACGACCACAACAUCUCCCACCUGGACCUCAAGCCGCAGAACAUCCUGCUGAGCGCCCCGGAGAACCCCCAGCUGAAGCUGGCAGAUUUUGGGUUUGCCCAGCACAUGUCUCCAUGGGACGAGAAGCAUGUCCUGCGGGGCUCCCCGCUCUACAUGGCCCCCGAGAUGGUGUGCAGCCAGCAGUACGACGCCCGGGUGGACCUCUGGUCGGUGGGAGUCAUCCUUUACGAAGCGCUGUUUGGGAAGCCUCCCUUUGCCUCCCGCUCCUUCGCCGAGCUGGAGGAGAAGAUCCGCAGUGACCGGGCUGUGGAGCUGCCCAGCCGGCCGCAGCUCUCCGCGGAGUGCCGAGAUCUCCUAGGACAGCUCCUGGAGAGGGACCCUGUGAAACGCAUCUCCUUUGAGGCCUUCUUUGCCCACCCUUUUGUGGAUAUGGAGCAUGUCCCCAGCCCCGACAGCCUCCGCAAGGCGACCGACCUGGUGGUGGAGGCAGUGAAGAAGGAUCAGGAGGGGGAUGCUUCAGCUGCCCUCUCCCUCUACUGUAAAGCCCUGGAGCAUUUUGUGCCAGCUCUGCACUAUGAAAGUGAUGCUCGCCGUAAAGAAGCCAUCCGGGCCAAGGUGGGGCAAUACAUCUCCCGAGCAGAGGAGCUGAAGGUGUUGGUCACCUCCAGCAGCAAGAACCUCCUGCAUCAAGGGAACCCAGCCAGAGAGCUCCUGAAAGAGAUGGCCAAGGACAAACCUCGACUAUGUGCUGCACUGGAAAUGGCUUCUGCUGCUAUUGCUAAGGAAGAAGACGGCAAAGACGAUGGUGACACCCUGGAGCUCUACCAGCAGAGCCUGGGGGAGCUGCUGCUACUCCUGGCUGCGGAGCCUGUGGGGAGGCGACGGGAGCUGCUCCACGCCGAGAUCCAGACCUUGAUGGCCCGAGCAGAGUACCUGAAAGAUCAGAUCAAGAUGCGGGAAGCACAGUCCAUGGGCAAGGAGGCACUGGCAGAGCCUGUCCGGAGCACCUGUACCUUGCAGUGAUGCCCAGGAGCUGGC